AGUGGUACAGCCCACGCGGAUCGGUCGCUAUGGAGAGCAGCUCCCAGUGAGCGCGAGCCAGCCAGAGAGAGCAGGGACGAGCGAAGAGCGAGGAGGACGGAACCGAGAGUGCCAGAGCGCACAGACAGACAGGAAUCAUGGAGAAAAGAUCACCGCUCAGGGGGACUUUUCCAUCUAACGGACUGCGAUUUUUAACAUCACUUCUCACCUUAUACGGACUUACCUCAGGUGUGAGCAGUAACCAGGUAGUUGUUCCUGAGAAAGUGAAUGCAGUACUGGGGAAGAACAUCACACUGGGCUGCAGAAUAGAGGUGGGGUCCAACCUCAGUCUCACACAGAGCUCCUGGGAACGUCGUCUUCCUUCAGGCACCAUUACCUUGGCAGUGUUCCACCCUGAGUUUGGAACCUCCAUCUCGAAAGAGUAUGCCAAGCGCAUCUCGUUUGUUUCCCCUUCUGUACGAGAUGCUACCAUCACCAUUGAAGGCGCUGGCUUUGCAGAUAUCGGGUCUUACAUCUGCAAAGUGGCAACAUUUCCUUUGGGCAAUACACAAGCAUCAACCUUUGUUAAUGUAUUAGUGGAGCCAAAGGUCUAUGUGUCCGCCGGCCCCACAGCUCUGUUGGAUGGUGGGAAUGAGUCACUGGUGGCCACCUGCAUAGCGGAACGUGGCCGUCCUGCUGCUGAGGUUUUCUGGGAGACGGAGUUGUAUGGACGAAGUGAGAAGCAAAGUCAGGAUGAACCCAAUGGCACCAGCACCACACAUGUGCACUACAUGUGGCAACCACAGAGCUACGCCCAGGGGAAGACGCUCACCUGUGUGGUGCGCCACCCGGCCCUACAAACAGAGUUCCGCAUACCCUUCAUACUAAAUGUUCAGUUUGCACCAAUGGUAUCGAUAGUAGGAAUUGGCAAAAAUUGGCAUGUAGGUCAAGAGAAAGUGAAGUUCACCUGCGAUGCCAAAGCCAACCCACCUGCCCGUCACUUCACAUGGAUCAGGUUGGAUGGAUUGAUGCCCGAGGGUGUUGAAAUCUCAAACAAUAGCUUUGCUUUCGCUCGCCCGUUGGAGCGCAAUGACUCUGGAGUAUACCGCUGUGAAGUGAUGAACGACAUCGGUCUCCGCAGUCAAGAUGUAAUCCUCUGGGUACAAGAUCCUCCUCCCACCACGGCCGCCCCCAGCACCACUGCGUCCCUCCUCUCUGACAUCUCUGGAACCGGCACUGCUGCAGACCAGCGGAGAGCCCUGUUCACCUCCCCGACCCUGGCCUCCUUAUCUGACAGCAGCCUGGGUACUAUUGUUGGCGGGGCUGUAGGUGGAGUUUUAUUCCUGAUUCUCCUGUUGAUCCUUGGCGGGGCCUGCUUCAUGAGACAGCGCAGGACCUUCAGAGGAGACUACUACACCAAACAGUACCUGGGACCCUCCGACAUGCAGAAGGAGUCUCAGCUGGACGUGCUGCAGCCGCAUGAGCUCCAGGAGGUCUACGGGGACAAGACGAGCAAAGGCAGCCAGGAGCUGAAACCCAAACUGGGUGGAGACAUCAUUUACCCCGACUACACCCCUGAACGCAAGGAUAGGGAUGACUGGGCCGACAGGGGGGAUUCCCAAAGGGGUCUCAAGGAGGGAAACUACUACCCAGAUCACUACAACACCCAAAACAUGCACCCCUGCGGGCCUCCUGUGCACAGCCCCAUAGUGAACAACGGCUCCCCCUACCUCCCGGAGGACUGCUAUGACAAUGGUACAGACAGCGACUAUGUGUCCCACAUGGACGGAUCUGUGAUCUCACGCAGGGAGUGGUAUGUUUGAGGAAAGGAGCAAAGGAAAAAAAAACGGACAAAUGACUGUCUGAGAAUAAUUUAACAAGUGACAGAUAUAAAUAUCAUUAAAGGUUGUGUCAUUUCAGUUAAAGGAUGAAUACAAUUUCCCAGCUCAGUUUCACAAUGAGCUCUUUGAACAGUACUGCUCUGCCUUGAUUGUAACCACUUAACCCUAAGGACAUGUAUGUGGAUUGUAUUACACUUUUGUAGCAUUUCAAGGAGCUACAAAUAAGCUGGAACACCUCAGUGAUAUUAUCUGUGUAGGCUUAAGAGGCUUUGGCUUACAGUGAAGUUUCAACGGAUGUGAAUGAGGUUUUGUAUUCUGCUUGUUUGUGUUUGCAUCUGUCUUUAACACAGGUCAGGUGUUGAGGCCACAAGACCCUUGUUAGUGAAGUAUUUAUAUCCGUGACUCAGCUCCCAUAAAACCUCACAACUUCUGUGGCAUUUUGAAAAUUAUCUCUUGAUUGCUUACAGUGUCUUCAUACAGGUGAAAUGUUCAUCAUGGCUGCAACCAGUAUUUAAAGCAAAUUAUAUUGCAUGAUUUUUAAAAAACAAAAACAAAAUGUAUCAUCAAGUUAAAGGGAAAGUUUGUCGGUCACGUGAUAAAAAGGGAGAAUUUCACAGCCAUUGUACUGAGGGAAAAGCAAACUGACUGAUGCUAGUACAUUACAAACACUUCUCCUUGUAAACCUCUGUUUAAGUUCUUCAGUGGAUUUUGCAGACUUUGAGUAACUUCUGUAAAUUAUUCAUGAAAUGGCAAGCCUGUCACCUGACAAUGAAGAUGACAACAGAGUAAAAGAGGUUACUCCCUGUGGAAGUACUUUUACUUCCAGCUUCAGUUCAACUUUUACAGAUAUCUCUGUUCCUAAAGUUGUUAUCCUUAAGAUUUCAGUCCUGGUUGAUUUGGCAACGCCUGUGGUUAACGUAGUAAGAGCAAGUGUGGUUUAAUACUGCAGCAAAAACUCCUUGAACAGCUUCUUUGUCAAAAAUACAAGAGGAGCAACCUGGUGCAUCUGUUUACAGUGCAACCAAACAUACACGUUGUUUUAAUAAAAAAGUCACUCAAUAAUUGCAACCAUGAUCUGAUUUCAUGCUGCACACCGCAUGAGUAGUUUUUCACACAACAGCAGGGCACGGUAAAGUUCGAUGUAAAAUGAUAAAAACGAUCACAGUCAGCGCUAACCGGAGUGACAGAUACUUUACCUGUGGGUGUUUCACAAUAAAAACCACCCCGUGUCUCGCCAGUUGAAUGCUUUUAAUGUGAAAUAGCGGCAGUAGGAAAAGUUCAGUUUGCAUUAGCAGUAAGUUAAUACAGCUCUGACACAGUUUAAAAGAAUGCAAACAGUAAACAGUGAGCCUGAUAUCAAUAAGAUAAACUUGUGCUGAAUUGCAUGCAUGCAUUGUUUCCUCUGAAUCCCUCAUGCUUAGGAAGGCAGUAGAGAGAUAAUUACUGAAAGUGAAUAUAUUAAAUGGCAAUUGCAGAAAAAAUGCAGACCAUAAAUAUCAAAAAUGGGGUUUGAUUUCAUGAAAAUCUUAAGGAAUAUAACUUUAACCAAACACUGUUAUCAUUAAUGAAAUUAAGUUAAUCCAGUCACUUUCCUUGAGUGAAAAAGCACAGCUCAGUUAUUUCAGUUGUCAGUAAACAACGUCAUGUUGCUCCAUAAACCACCAACAGCUUCACUGCUCCCGCACGACACUCCACGGUUGUGAUUCAUGAUUGUAAAUAAAUAUAUAAAUACUUGUUGAAAAAAGGUCAGAGCACAGAAAGAGGGGCACUACUAAACUAAUCCCUCAGCUUUAGUUUGUAUGUGUUUGAAGUAUGAUGUGCGAAUACCUCACAGCACAGUUGGAAACAUUGUGAGCGGCUGACAUCACUACUGAUCCCAGAACAGGCUAUAAUGUUGGGGUUUGGCUCCUCAGCAGCUCCUCUGAGGAUAUACAGUGAUCAUGGAAACUAGAAAUUGAAUCCACAAAUGAAAAAAAUGGUUUAAGAACCAUGUAGGUUAGAGCUGUCUGUGUAAUGGCUCCCCAAGGGAUAACAUUUUUUUUUCCUACAAACAACAAACCCAGUGACAUGAAGUUGAAACAAAAGAGUUGACAUCAUCAGUGAUCUCAUCUCUCACUGCUCGAUUUGACCUUACACUUUUCCACUUAGUACUUCUUUUUUUGUUGUUUCCUCAGGAAUGAUACAUGGAUCAAAGUGGCUGCUGCAAAGCCUCACAUGAAAAGAAAAACAUACCCUUUUUGGAAAAGAUCCAUUUAGUCAAUCAGGGUGUUUGUUGCUAGAAGAAAGAACCAUAUGUGUGUACUACAAUCGGAUCAGUACAGGGUCUUGGGUAUAUUUUGAGGUCUCCUGUCUUAUUGGGGUUUUAUAGAAUGUGGGUGCACAUUUUAUCUUUCCCUUUUCCACCCUCGAUUUCCCAUGCCAGGGCUUUGGUUGAAGGUUUAGAUGUCUGAGAAUAAACUAUUUUAAUCUCACUCUCAUCGUCGCAUACACGCACCCAGCCGCCACACAUCUGACACUGCAGCCCACAGUCAAAGACCAGUCCUCUCCUCAAACCGUCAGCUUUUUAAUUUAACUUUUCUUCUUUUUCUCAUCACAUUUGGCAAUUAAAGCGCUCAAACUCUGUGAUAUAUAGCACAUCCAUGUCUGCAUGCACAUUUAUUUAUACGGCUGAUUCAUAGCUGUCAACUUGUUUUUUAUUUGGUAAAUUCGCUCCAUGCAAACUGCCGUCUCUGCUCCAAAAAGGACCUUUUUUUCUGUCUCUGCUUUAUCUCGAAAGACUGUUGAAAAACUGAAUGUUUUUGUAAAGUUCAGCUUUGGUCUCUCACCAACUGGUUGCAUGUAAAUUAAGUUAUUCGCUUCCUACUGCAUUCAUUAUUUCUCAUCCCUAAUGUUUAUAUACAUGUACAUAAUGCUAAUAGGUUAGCGUGGGAUUAGCUCUCAGCUUGAUUUAUAUGUUCAUGUACAGUUUGUUCUGGUUUCUCCCCUACUGAAUAUUUGGUGCCUUAGAUGGGCGGAGCGAUGCACAGAAACUUUGAAAAAUGACAAUUACUGAAAGCAUUGAUAUAAAGAAUAUUAAUAUCAUUGAAGAGGAGGACUGACUGGUCUGUUAAUAUGUCUUCCAUCUUGAUAUUUAAGAUUUGCUGUUAUCAAAACUUCAGAAUAGACAAAAGGUUGAUUGUCAUGCCUUAUACACUUUGAAAGGACACAUGUAACAAGUUAGUUACUGAGAAAAUUGUAAUAAGUAAAGUUUCACUGGGAAUUUAGGCAAGCCAGAUUAAUAGAAAAUAUUAUUGUUCUGUAAAUAUGCUGGCUGUUUUUUUAUUAUUAUUGAAAAAAAAUCUUAUUUUUUGUAUGAGGUCUGUAAUUUUCACAGAGUAUUAGUUUAUCUUACGAGCAUUCGAUGAGCUCUUGUCUCAUGAUAACAUAGAGGGCGAUCCUGUUUUCACUGCGUUUUAUAUUUGUUCUCGAGAGUUUCUGACCAAUUAUUUUGUAUGUUGUUCUUUGAAUGAUUGAUGUCUCACAAGAAUCAGAGAUGAAAGUGUGGUAGACUGUAUUUUGUUCUUUUGUUGGCAAUAAAAGACCAUCAUUAUUGCA